CCCAGGAGCGACACAACCGCAUACGGAACAAAUAAACCAGGCUUUGCUGCCUCGGUUCAUCCCUGUGGACCCGCGCACCUAUGAUGGAACGGGCGAUGGAGCAGCUCAACGUACAGCUCAGCCGGCUGACCCGUUCCCUCCGCCGCGCCAGGACCGUGGAACUCCCGGAAGACAAUGAGACUGCAGUCUACACACUUAUGCCAAUGGUCAUGGCGGACCAGCACAGGUCCGUGUCAGAGUUGCUGCUCAACUCCAAGUUUGAUGUGAACUAUGCCUUUGGACGGGUGAAGAGAAGUUUGCUGCACAUUGCUGCCAACUGCGGGUCAGUUGAGUGUCUGGUUCUGCUGCUGAAGAGAGGAGCCAACCCAAACUACCAGGACAUUUCAGGCUGUACCCCUCUGCACCUUGCUGCCAGGAAUGGGCAGAAGAAGUGUAUGGGCAAACUAUUGGAAUAUAAUGCUGAUGUCAACAUCUGCAACAAUGAGGGACUGACUGCUAUCCACUGGUUGGCAGUGAAUGGGCGGACGGAGCUCCUCCAUGAUCUGGUCCAGCAUGUGUCCAACGUGGAUGUGGAGGAUGCCAUGGGUCAGACAGCUCUACAUGUAGCCUGUCAGAAUGGACACAAAACUACGGUGUUGUGUCUUCUGGACAGUGGAGCUGACAUCAACCGGCCAAACGUCUCCGGAGCCACGCCUCUUUACUUUGCCUGCAGCCAUGGCCAAAGAGACACAGCACAGAUUCUGCUCUCUCGGGGUGCCAAAUACCUUGCUGACAGGAAUGGAGUCACUCCUUUGGAUCUCUGUGUCCAGGGUGGAUAUGGGGAAACCUCUGAGAUCCUCAUCCAGCAUCACAGCAGACUGUUCCAGACUCUAAUCCAGAUGACACAGAAUGAAGAUAUUAAAGAGAACAUGCUCAGGCAGGUCCUGGAGCAUGUUUCUCAGCAGAGUGACAGUCAUUAUCAGAGGAUCUUGACCAGUCUUGCUGAAGUGGCUACGACCAAUGGACACAAGCUUCUUAGCCUGUCCAGCAGUUAUGAAGCUCAGAUGAAGAGUCUGCUGAGAAUCGUUCGUAUUUUCUGCCAUGUCUUCCGCCUGGGGCCUUCAUCACCCAACAACGGUGACAUGGGCUACAAUGGCAACAAGACGCCCCGCAGCCAGGUCUUUAAGCCAUUGGAGCUGCUGUGGCACUCCCUGGAUGAGUGGCUGGUGCUCAUCUCCAAAGAGCUGGACAGGAACAGGAAGAACCCAGGUUCCUCCUCAAGCAGCGAAAUAGCCUCUCUGCUCCUCAAACAGUGCGAAGUUGACCACUCCGGCUCCACGCCAAAGCUCCCCUCCUUGCUGGACCCUCAGAUCGUCAUGGAAACAGACGGAGAGGACGUCAUCUCUAUGACAGCCAAUCGUCUCAGUGCUGUGAUCCAGGCCUUCUAUAUGUGCUGCUCCUGUCAGAUGCCAAAAGGAAUGACAUCCCCUCGCUUCAUUGAAUUUGUCUGCAAGCAUGACGAGGUGCUCAAGUGUUUUGUAACCAGGAAUCCAAAGAUCAUAUUUAACCACUUCCACUUCCUCUUGGAGUGUCCAGAGUUGAUGUCACGCUUCAUGCAUAUCAUUAAGGGCCAGCCCUUCAAGGAUCGCUGUGAGUGGUUCUAUGAGCAUCUGUUGGCCAGCCAGCCAGACUCAGACAUGGUUCAUCGUCCAGUCAAUGAGAACGACAUCUUGCUCAUCCACAGAGACUCCAUAUUCAGGAGUAGCUGUGAGAUGGUUUCCAAGUCCACCAAUGAGAAACUCAAACAGGGCAUCGCUGUUCGCUUCCAUGGCGAGGAGGGGAUGGGCCAGGGUGUAGUUCGGGAGUGGUUUGACAUCCUGUCCAAUGAGAUAAUCAACCCAGACUAUGCUCUGUUCACUCAGUCAGCUGAUGGCACCACUUUUCAGCCCAACAGUAACUCCUCUGUGAAUCCAGACCACCUGAACUACUUCCGGUUCGCAGGUCAGAUCCUGGGUCUGGCUCUGUACCACCGACAGCUGGUCAACAUCUACUUCACUCGCUCCUUCUACAAACACAUACUGGGUAUCCCAGUAAACUACCAGGACGUGUCCUCCAUUGAUCCAGAGUAUGCAAAAAAUCUGCAGUGGAUCCUGGACAACGACAUCAGUGAUCUGGGUCUGGAGCUCACCUUCUCUGUAGAGACUGACGUGUUCGGGGCGAUGGAGGAAGUGCCGCUCAAACCCGGAGGGACCAGCAUCCUGGUCACCCAAGACAACAAGGCCGAGUACGUCCAGCUUGUGACGGAGCUGAGGAUGACACGAGCCAUCCAGCCUCAGAUAAAUGCCUUUCUGCAAGGAUUCCACACCUUCAUCCCCCCCUCGCUCAUCCAGCUUUUUGACGAAUAUGAAUUGGAGCUCCUGCUUUCAGGGAUGCCAGAGAUCGAUGUGCAGGAUUGGUGCAGGAACACUGAGUAUACCAGUGGUUACGACCCUCAGGAGUCCGUCAUCCAGUGGUUCUGGGAGGUGGUGAAGAGUCUGACCCAGGAGGAACGGGUUCUCCUACUUCAGUUUGUCACUGGAAGUUCCAGGGUUCCUCACGGUGGCUUUGCCUACCUGAUGGGUGGCAGCGGUUUACAGAAGUUCACGAUUGCUGCAGUGCCAUACACCUCCAACCUUCUGCCUACCUCUAGUACCUGUAUCAACAUGCUGAAACUCCCAGAAUACCCAAGCCAGGACGUCCUGAGAGACCGUCUGCUGGUAGCACUGCAUUGUGGGAGCUACGGGUACACCAUGGCGUAAACAUCAUAUCAGUUCCUGCUGCUGUGAGGGUCUGCAGACUCAUGCAACACCCCCUCCUCCUCGUGUUGUAGUUAGGCGCUGCUUUUGUUGGACAAAGAAGGGAAAUCUAGAUUCUUCUUAAUGAGAUGCUGGAGAGGCACGACAGGUUCUGGAUGUCCAUUUAUACCUGUGCUAGAAAUUGUAGCUGGUACCUAGUAAAUUAUGCAAAUAAUGAUUUCAUAUCUUUAAAUUUGACAGUUUUCAUGCAUUUAUGUAAGAAAAACCAGCAUUCACAUGAAUCCUCUAGUUAAAACGCAGGAUAAUAAUCACAAUAAAACAUAUUCACGUAAGUUUGCUGAAUGUCAAAUAUCAGUUCUGUUUACGGAGCUUUCCGUAAGGAACCAGUGAAGAGUUGAUCGGUUUCACAUAUGCAAUCAAUGAAAUUGCAUGACAUCCAUAUCCCAGGUUCACAUACCAGAAAACUGGUAUAAUAGAACAAAUCUAAACUUUGUUUUUGUCUCAGUUUACAUUUUAACAAUUUUACCAGUCGUUACGGUCUUAGGGCUCAGAAGCUCUAGUCUGAAUUACCAAAACCACUUGCUGUCAGGAUCCACAAGGGUAUCAACCAUUAGUGACUUAAGCCGUCUCUUUCCAACAUUCAAAACUAGUUAGUAGUAGAAGUUACUUAGCCUAGCUUGCUAAAUUUAGCACUGAUUCCCAUUGCACUUUUUUCAUCAAGUUAUUUUGAACCACACUCACUGUGGUGUCAAUCUACUGUUGGCUGUCUGUUUUUCAUCGUUUCAAGAUGUGGUGAUGACAAAUGACCUGGGGUCUCAUUCAUAAAACUGUGCAUAGAAAUCUCACUAAAAGUGUACGUGCGGCCAAAAGCCAAAAAUGGCGUUCGUCAAAAACUAUUCAGACUUGUAAAACCGUGCGUACGCACACUUGUAAGCAAGUUCCCUUUAUGAAUCACAAUCAACUUGAAAUGUGAGGGAGCUCCAUGUCCGACCCUUCAAACGCCCAUAGUUGCCUAUAAAUGGUCAGUGAAACGCCGCUCAUUAAUAUUAAUACGUCCUGACUGCAGGAAGAAAAGGAGGCAAAUUCUGACAGAGAAGUUACAAAACGAAAUUUAACACAAUGUGACGCCGAUGUUCCUUUUGGUGAAGCUGAAGUUGUUUGGUGGGUAAAAAAACGCACUUUCACGCAACGCUUAUGCACCGAAGGAAAGAGGGCACCGGAGCUCCACCCCUUUAUAACCGAUCUGCAGGAAAGGGCCUCCCUCCCUCCUAGAGACGUCACUGGCUGGAGGGGGGGACACAGACGGGAUGAGCCAGGUACUAAUCUGGAUUCCCCCCCGUUUGACAAGAGAUUAAACCAAAUGCAUUCCGCUUGUGUUUAAACAUUUAUUUAGGCUCCACAAACAGUCCACUCACUUAAAGAGGCUGCUGAUGAGUUAAAAGAAAACUAACUUUUAAUACAAUAGUGUUAUAUUUUCCAUAAUGUGUUUUUACAAGCGGCGCAUCACAUCCACACGCUGGCGCACGGCGUUUGGCUCGAUAAGGCAACAUGUGAUAAUAUGAAACUUUGCACUCCUAUUUGCUUGACUGACGCGCUGAAAAUAAUUUAAAUGUAACUUUUCCUCCUGCUCACCUUAUUUCUGAGAAUGAAUUGCACUGCAUGCAAGUAUCAAUUAAUAUGAUUCCUGAUUAAACUGUCCAACAUAUUUGAGGCUCUUUUGCAGAAACAGAAUCUCAGUUUGUGUUUAUGAUCCUAAAUCUGGAUCUUUUUGCUGCAAAUGAUCUUAAAUUAUGUGGGGUUUUUGCAGACUUCAGGGAGAAUCAAUCAAACGGCUGUUUGUUUAUUCAGCUUUAAGCCUACAAUACUCAGAGGUAAUAUUUUGAUUUAUUUCACACAACAACAGUAGGCCUCUUCAUUUCAGUUUCAUCCUUCUGCCAUGUGAGUCACCAUUUCUCUUUUCUCUUUAAGUGCGUACGCAUGGUUCAGAGUUUACUUACACAUUCUCCUGUUAAGUUUGUUUUUUAUAGAUCACAACCGUUGCUUGAGAAGUGGCGUCCGCACGUUUCAGCCCUGUUUUGUACGUACGCACCGUUUAUAAACGAGACCCCUGAGCAGUUACUCUGGGAGAGCAAAUCUGGCUGUUGGGCUGCUGGAGUUGAAGUGAAAACUAUUUUUUGUGCCCUCGCUGGGCUACAAAUGGACACACUGUGUGAUUUAUGCUAAAUGGUUAGAUAUAGACGGUGAAUACCAAAAUGAGGAGUGCCAUCACUACCGGAAAAUAGGUAAAAUUAUAUAUUUUUCUUCGGGGUCAGUACAGUUUUGACCAAAUAAGUACACGCCAAGGACAAACAUUUAUUCAUUUAUUAGCAGAAAUCAGUUUUAAUGUGUAAGAAUAUCUAAGACUGGACUUCUAGCUGUGAUGAAGUGUUGGCAGUAUCUCUACUGCCAACACUUCAUAAUUUCUUCUACCUGCAGACUAAAUACAUUGAUUUUUUUCCCCUUUGUCUACAUAGCUGCAUGAACACGCCCCUCCAUCCCUGUAGCAUAAAAUGCAUGUGUCAUGUGGUUCACUAUGUAAAAUUCUGCGUCUUUUUCUGCUGUCGUCUAUAUUUGUGCUUCAUGAAUGAACGGCAAUCUAGUUUAUAACCUUUUUGUUCGUAUUUGUAGACUUUUACAGUGAGCAAUACAAGAUUAUCUACGUGACAAAUGUUCGGCUCGCAGUGCCAAAAAAAGACAAAGCAGGAAUCCUUUUAAAUACAUUUUUUAUUAUUAUUAUUAUUACUUUAUCUACACAAGCAUGCUGACAAUGUGUUUUUAUUGUAAAAGGGAUGGAAGUUUUCCUUCUUUCCUUUUAUAAAAGGAGUGUAUAUACAGUAAUUGAUUCAAUAUUUCAUAUUCAGAAUGCCUCGCCUGAAAUGCUUUUUGUAAACUGUUGGUAAUGUUUAUUGAAAAAAAAAAAUGGAACUGUCUUCAGUAUCAAAUUAUGUAUUUUACCAUAAAUAUGUUGUGUUUUGAGAUUUUAUUCAAUAAAAAUUGUUUUGACCAUG